AUGGAGGAAAAACCAUUCCCUGCAUGGUCAUGGUCCGUGGAGCAGUGCUUGAAAGAGUACAAUGUCAAGUUAGACAAGGGUCUGAGCUCUUAUGAGGUUGAGAAGCUGCGAGAGAGGUAUGGCUGGAACGAGCUUGCUAAAGAGAAGGGAAAGCCCUUAUGGCGGUUGGUAUUAGAACAAUUUGAUGAUAUGCUUGUAAAGAUACUUCUGGUUGCAGCUUUUAUAUCGUUUAUUCUAGCAUAUUUACAUGGAGGUGAGUCUGGGGAGGCUGGAUUCGAAGAUUAUGUGGAGCCACUUGUUAUAGUUUUGAUUUUAGUCCUCAAUGCUAUCGUUGGGGUGUGGCAAGAGACUAAUGCUGAAAAGGCUCUUGAGGCCCUUAAGGAGAUGCAAUGUGAAUCGGCAAAGGUUUUAAGGGAUGGGUACAAGAUACCGGACUUGCCAGCUAGGGAGCUUGUCCCUGGAGACAUAGUGGAACUGCGGGUUGGGGAUAGAGUGCCGGCUGACAUGAGAGUGGCAGUUUUGAAGACAUCCACUUUGAGAGUUGAGCAGAGCUCAUUGACUGGAGAGGCAAUGCCUGUUCUGAAAGGCACUGCUUCCAUAUUUAUGGACGACUGCGAGUUGCAGGCUAAGGAAAAUAUGGUUUUUGCCGGCACAACUGUUGUGAAUGGGAGCUGUAUUUGUGUUGUUAUAAGUACUGGGAUGAAAACCGAGAUUGGAAAAAUUCAGAAGCAAAUACACGAGGCUUCUCUGGAAGAGAGCGAUACUCCAUUGAAGAAGAAGUUGGAUGAAUUUGGCAGCAGGCUUACAACUGCGAUUGGGCUUGUUUGUCUCAUUGUAUGGGUCAUUAAUUACAAAAAUUUCCUCUCGUGGGAUGUUGUAGAUGGGUGGCCUGCAAAUAUCAGAUUUUCUUUUGAGAAAUGUACCUAUUAUUUCAAGAUAGCUGUUGCCUUAGCUGUAGCAGCAAUUCCAGAAGGCCUUCCUGCUGUAAUCACAACUUGUUUGGCUCUGGGUACCAGGAAAAUGGCACAAAAGAAUGCAAUUGUGAGAAAGCUUCCAAGUGUGGAAACUUUAGGAUGCACAACUGUGAUUUGUUCAGAUAAAACUGGGACUUUGACUACAAACCAGAUGUCCGUGACAGAGUUCUUCACUUUGGGUGGAAAAACUACUUCUUCUCGAUGUUUUCAUGUUGAAGGAACAACUUAUGAUCCUAAGGAUGGUGGAAUUGUUGACUGGAGUUGCUACAAUAUGGAUGCUAAUUUGCAAGCCAUGGCAGAGAUAUGUGCUGUUUGUAAUGAUGCUGGGAUCUUUUGUGAUGGCCGUCUUUUCAGGGCUACAGGUUUGCCUACUGAGGCUGCUCUUAAGGUUUUGGUUGAGAAGAUGGGUGUCCCAGAUGCUAAGGGAAGGGACAAAAUUCGGGGCAUGCAGCUUGCUGCAAACUAUUUGAUUGAUCGCAGCACGUUGACAUUAGGGAGUUGUGAGUGGUGGACGAAAAGAUUGAAAAGGCUUGCCACAUUGGAAUUUGAUCGCAUUCGUAAGUCAAUGAGUGUUAUUGUUCGAGAGCCCAAUGGACAAAAUCGACUUCUUGUCAAGGGAGCGGUCGAGAGUUUACUGGAGCGCAGUUCACAUGUGCAACUUGCAGAUGGAUCUGUUGUUCCAAUAGAUGAACCUUGUAGGCAACUGUUGUCUCUGAGACUCUUGGAGAUGAGUUCCAAGGGGCUGCGGUGUUUGGGACUGGCAUAUAAGGAUGACCUGGGGGAAUUUUCAGACUACUACGCUGAAAAUCAUCCUGCCCACAAGAAGUUGCUCGAUCCAGUUUACUACAUGUCCAUUGAAAGUGAUUUAGUUUUUGUCGGAGUUGUUGGUCUACGGGACCCCCCACGUGAGGAAGUGCACAAAGCAAUUGAGGAUUGUAGAGGUGCUGGGAUUAGGGUUAUGGUUAUAACUGGAGAUAAUAAGUCCACAGCUGAGGCUAUCUGUAAGGAAAUCAAGUUAUUUCAUGAAGGUGAAGAUCUCAGAGGAAGAAGUUUUACUGGCAAAGAGUAUACUGCUCUUAGUCCUUCAGAACAAAUGGAAAUUUUGUCUAAACCUGGAGGGAAGGUCUUCUCCCGUGCCGAGCCAAGACACAAGCAAGAAAUUGUAAGGAUGCUGAAGGAUAUGGGCGAGAUUGUGGCAAUGACUGGAGAUGGUGUCAAUGAUGCACCUGCACUUAAACUUGCAGACAUUGGAAUUGCGAUGGGAAUAACAGGAACAGAGGUGGCAAAGGAAGCUUCUGAUAUGGUUUUGGCAGAUGAUAACUUUAGUUCCAUUGUCUCAGCAGUUGCAGAGGGUCGCUCAAUUUAUAACAACAUGAAAGCUUUUAUCAGGUACAUGAUAUCAUCUAAUGUUGGAGAAGUGAUAUCCAUAUUCUUAACUGCUGCAUUGGGUAUACCAGAUUGUUUGAUACCAGUGCAACUUUUAUGGGUGAAUUUGGUUACCGAUGGCCCACCUGCAACAGCUCUUGGUUUUAACCCUGCUGAUGUUGAUAUAAUGCGGAAACCACCCCGCAAAAGCAAUGAUGCCCUUAUAAAUUCCUGGGUUCUCUUCCGCUACCUGGUAAUUGGUUCUUAUGUAGGAAUUGCAACUGUUGGAAUCUUCGUCUUGUGGUACACCCAGGCUUCCUUUCUGGGUAUCGAUCUUGUGAGCGAUGGGCACACACUGGUUCAACUCUCUCAGCUUCGCAAUUGGGGGGAGUGCCCCACAUGGUCAAAUUUCACUGUGUCUCCGUAUCAGGUCGGUGGGGGACGCAUGAUCACUUUUUCAAGCCCCUGUGACUAUUUCUCUAGCGGUAAAGUGAAGGCAAUGACUCUUUCACUUUCGGUGUUGGUGGCGAUUGAAAUGUUUAAUUCCCUGAAUGCGCUUUCUGAAGACAAUAGCUUGGUUACGAUGCCACCUUGGAGGAACCCUUGGCUUUUAGUGGCCAUGUCAGUCUCAUUCGGAUUGCACUGCGUUAUACUAUAUGUUCCAUUCCUGGCUGAUGUGUUUGGUAUCAUUCCAUUGAGUCUGAACGAAUGGUUUCUAGUAAUCUUGGUUUCAGCACCUGUGAUUCUAAUUGACGAGGCUCUCAAAAUUGUUGGAAGGAGUGGAAGAUACAGAGCUGAGAAAGAGAAGAUAGCGUGA